AUGGAAGCGUUAUGGGACACUGGAGCUCAGGUUUCCAUUUUCCCGGAACAGGUACUGUCUGACAAUUUUUCUGAUUUGAAAAUACGUGAUAUUAGUGAAUUGCUUGGUGCGGGUUCUGGUCUGAAUUUAACUGCGGCAAAUGGGACGUCGAUCCCUUAUAAAGGCUGGGUGGAAGCUAGAUUUAGAUUAAACCGAGAAGAUGAAAAAGAAGUAACAGUACCAUUCUUAGUAACACCCGAACAGUUGGAACAACCAAUAAUUGGGUACAAUGUUAUUGAACUGUUUUUGCAAGAAGGUGAAAACUACUCAGAUAAUUUAUCAGUGGCACACCAUAUAGUGUCAAGUUUUAAUAAUGUUGGAGUGAAAGAUGCUGAGCAAUUGAUAAACAUUAUCCAAAGAAAUGAUGGGGAGUUGUUUUGCCAAGUAAAAACAUCCAAACGUCACAUUACAAUACCGAAGAAAGCUACCAAAACAGUACCCUGUCGAGCAAAUACGGGAACGAUUGAGAAUACAAGACCAGUGCUUUUUGAACCUGAUGAAAAACAAGAGUGGCCCCCCGGAUUAAUAGUUCAUGAAACCUUAACAUCUGUGAAAAAGGGAAAAUCCACAAUCAUGCAAGUGCAAGUGACAAACGAUACAAUGCAUGACAUCGUACUACCUGGACGGACUGUUUUGGGAAGCCUUGAACUUAUUCGUUCUGUUACACCAAUUGAGGUGAAAUUAAAGGAAAAUGUGGAUGAGAAAAGAGCUGAUAUGAAUUUUGGAAUGGAGAGACAGAGGACUAGUCAAACUAAGGACCCUUGCCAUUCAGCUGUAAAUUCUGAGAAAGAACAAUUCAUACCGGAAGUCGAUUUAAGUACUCUCACACCCGAACAGCAAACUUUGGUAAAAAAAAUGUUGUAUGAAGAGCGAGAUACUUUUUCGAUCGACGAUGACGACAUUGGGUUCAUCAAGGACUUGAAAAUGGAGAUAAAUCUUACGGACAGACAACCGGUUCAGAAAAAUUACGCGUCCAUUCCACGUCCACUUUACCCGGAAGUGAAACACUAUCUGGAAGACCUACUGAACAAAAACUUUAUCAGACGAUCGAAGUCACCUUACUCUAGCAGCGUGGUGUGCGUCAGGAAGAAGGAUGGAACCAUGAGACUAUGUGUCGACUAUCGUGCACUGAAUAAAAAGACCAUUCAAGACAGACACCCCAUCCCCAGGAUACAAGAAACCUUAGAUAACCUAGGGGGAAACUCCUGGUUCAGUACAUUAGAUCAAGGCAAAGCGUAUCAUCAAGGCUUUGUCAGCCCAGAUAGUCAACCAUUCACAGCAUUUGUGACGCCGUGGGGGCUUUACGAGUGGGUACGCAUCCCAUUCGGACUAACGAACGCGCCAGCUAGUUUCCAACGGUUCAUGGAAGGAUGCUUAGGGGAUUUACGUGACCAGAUAUGUAUUCCCUAUCUCGACGAUAUUAUUAUAUUUUCCAAAUCAUUCGAAGAGCAUGUUGAACACGUACGUCUAGUUCUGCAGAAACUGCAACAACAUGGUGUUAAACUGAAGCCAGGAAAAUGCAGGUUAUUCAAGCGUCAAGUAUCGUUUCUUGGGAGAAUAGUAUCAGAAAAGGGGUAUAACAUUGAUCCAAAAGCAACCGAAGCUGUUAUCCUGUUGAAGAGCAAAAUACCGCGAACUGUCGGAGAGGUUCGAAGAGUAAUUGGGUUGUUAGGAGUAUACCGACGUCACAUCAAAGAUUUUUCGAAGAUUGCUAAACCCAUCUAUGAGCUGUUGGAAGGGAAAGUGAACACUAAUCAGAACUCCAGGAAGAAUGGGCAACUGCCAUCGAACCACCCUAUUCAGUGGUCUAUGAAACACCAGACGGCAUUAAAUACAUUGAUUGAUUGCGUCACCUCACCCCCGAUUCUAGCGUACCCUGAUUACAGUUCACCAUACGUUGUUCAUACAGAUGCUUCCCAGAACGGGCUGGGAGCCGUGUUAUAUCAGCGUCAAGGCGGAACGCUCCGUGUCAUCGCAUAUGCAUCACGCACAUUAACGCAAGCUGAGAAGAACUACCAUUUACAUGCGGGGAAGUUAGAGUUUCUUGCUCUAAAGUGGGCGGUCAGCGAACAAUUCAGGGAUUAUUUAUAUUAUGCACCAUCCUUCGUAGUCUAUACUGAUAAUAACCCACUGACUUAUAUUCUCUCGACAGCGAAACUUAAUGCGACCGGUUUGCGUUGGGUUGGGGAACUUGCAGACUUUAAUUUUGAGAUCAAAUAUAGACCGGGAAAAGUAAACAUCGACGCGGAUAGCCUGUCCAGAAUUCCUGCGGACUUCGAAAGAUUCAUGGACUCUUGUUCUGAAACGGUUUCAAAUCCGGAGUUCAACGCAGCAGUCUCUCAGAUUUCUUCCGUCAGCAAUGGUGAUUCCCCUGGAUUACAUCAGUUACGGAUCAGCCGGAGGCCCUCGAGACAGACAAGUUAUUCUUGCCAGAGCGAGAAAACACCAUCCAGUUCAAACAGACAGAGAUCGCUAGAGCGCAACGAGAAGACCCAACGACAAGUCGGGUUCAGUGGUAUGUACGGGCGCGAAAGAAACCAACUCUCGAAGAAAGGCAACAAGAAACCCCUGAACUAA